AUGAACCCAAUCCAACACCCCCAAACUCCCAAAAUUAACCACAAACCUCUCAUGAUGCAAAUCAUGCAUCCUGGCCACACCCCCCAAAAACCCAAACCCGCUAUGCACCGUCGUCGUCAUCACCAACUCAUACCCCAAAAACACCCAGAAGGUGCAUACAUGGCUACCCAGGAUCUGUGGUGGGAGGGCGAUGGGGAGCACGUUGGCAAAGACCUGCUCGAUUGGAUGGGCGUAUUGAGCGGAGAGGGCGAUCGGGGCUGUGAAUCUGUGGUGUUGUUUGUGGAGACGGGCGUAGAGGGAUGGAUGGUGGAGGAGGCGGUGGGUGUAGUAGAAGAGGGCUUCGCGGAGGAGGAGGCUGAGGGUGAAGUUGGAGAGGAGGGAGGGGAGGGAGGGGAGGGUGGAGGUGAUGCGGUAAGGUUGGUGGUGGAGGAGGUGGAUUUGGAAGAGGUGGAGGAGGGAGGUGAGGAGUUGGUUGCGGGCGACGAUGAGGAAGCAGUGCAGGAUCGUCUGGCGGGUGGGUUGUUUGGCGGCGGGCUGGAUCUUGUGGCGUUGGGAGAAGGUUGGGAAGAGGAUGUCGAGAAGGAGGUAGCAGAGAGAGGGAACCCAGAAGGUGAGGAUUUGGACGGCGAGGGUGCCCACGAACUCAAUGGAUUGCGGAGAGUAGGAUUCGACGAUGUCGGACCAGAGUUGGCCCAUCUUCUUUUGACUAGCUUAACAGGUGGGAUAUGA